UCAGAAAUUGUAUUCCUCCUCUGUUUACUGAAUGGCAGCCGCUUCACUACCAGCAUGAGGACAGAGCGCAGAAUUUAGUGUUGGUUCAGACUGCGGAAGAUAUCAUGACCCGGUUCUUCAGAGGUCACGUUUGCUAAGUCGCCAGUUGCCGUUGGCGCAGCUAAAGCUAGCUCAGCCGUGUUGUUGUUUACUCGUCGCCUUUUCCACACAAGUGCCUGGAGGAAUGCAGAGAGUGAGUUAUUUAAAAAGUGGCUGGCAGCUGCUGAAAUCAACCAGUGAGAGAGCGGCAAAGCAAGCAAACACCCAGUUUUCGACCUCAAGAUAUUAUAGCCAUGCCACCAGCUCCUUUGGGCUCCUCUUUGACAUUGAUGGAGUACUGGUGAGAGGCAGGACUCCAAUCCCUGCAGCCAAGCAGUGCUUCAGAAACCUGGUGGACUGCAAUGGGAAAUACAAGGUCCCUGUGGUGUUUGUCACUAAUGCUGGGAACUGCAUGAGGCAGACCAAAGCUGAACAUCUGUCACAUCUGCUUGAGGUGGAGGUAUCUCCAGACCAAGUGAUGCUGUCCCAUAGUCCUUUGCGAAUGUUUACCCAGUUCCACAAAAUGUGUGUGCUGGUCUCAGGACAGGGUCCAGUAGAGGAAGUCGCUCAUAACCUGGGCUUUCAGGAUGUUGUUACUAUAGAUAUGCUCAGAGAGGCAUACCCAGUCCUAGAUGUUGUGGAUCACAACAGAAGACCCAAAGACAUUGUUCCGCCCACUAAAGGCUUACGGCCAAUAGAUGCUGUUAUCCUAUUUGGUGAGCCUAUCAGAUGGGAGACCAACCUCCAGCUUAUUGUUGACGUGCUCCUAACUGGUGGAAACCCAGGCAACACUUGGAGUUCGGUGCGUUAUCCUCACAUCCCCGUCCUGGCCUGUAACAUGGACCUGCUGUGGAUGGCAGAGGCAAAGAAUCCUAGGUUUGGUCAUGGCAUGUUCCUGGUGUGCUUGGAGUCUCUGUACAAGAAGUUGACAGGGUAUGAGCUCAAGUAUGAGGCUCUGAUUGGGAAACCCAGUGUGGUGACUUAUAACUACGCUGAGCUGCUGAUUAGACAGCAGGCUGAGAGACUUGGCUGGACCACACCUGUGAAGAGGGUGUAUGCUAUCGGCGAUAACCCCAUGGCUGACAUAUAUGGUGCGAACCUCUACAACCGCUACCUCCAGUCUUCUCGUCAUACCAGGGCACAGAUGCAGGCACAGAGUGGUGGUGGAGGUAUCGAUCCCACGGCUGUUGAUGACAACCCUAAAAUGACAUUGGCAGAACUAGGCGGAGCUUCACGUGUGGCAGAAAAGAAUCUGCCCGAGGGAUGCUGCUCAAUCCUGGUGUGCACAGGAGUGUACAGCAAAGACCAGCAGGAGCUGCCCUCAGACCCAACACAAACAGUCACAGAGCAACGCAUCUUCCAUGGUCACAGGGACUUCCGCUUUGAUCCCAGCCUCACUCAACCAUCCUUUGUAGUGCAGGAUGUAAAGGAGGCAGUGGAGCUGGUAUUCAAGCAGGAAGGCUGGCCUCUGCAGUAGGAAUCUCAAGUUCUGUCUCCAUCUCAUAGUGUAAUCCUUAAUUGUUAGCAACAGGUUAUCAAACCAUGCCCUUGGUUAUCACAGGGGAGAAGUAGCUGUUACUGUGUUAUAACAUGCCAGAGUUAGCUGUGAAAAGCAGUAAUAUGCAGUUUUAACACUAAAUACAUAAAAGUUGCAUUUUAUAUCAGUCAUACACAGUAGUGUGUCAGACUUUUGAUGAUUUUUUUUUUUAAAUAAAGUUUGGUAAACUUUCAAUUAGACAUCACUGUUUCUGAGUCAAAAAUUCAAAUGGAGCAUCUGUCCUGUCCCCAUUUUAUAAAUAUAAAAAACUAAUUUAAAAUGCAGAUUGCUGAGUCCAUGCAUGCAGUUGUUGAAUUACACAUUUUAGUCAUUUUAAGUAUUGAUAAAGCUCAUGGAUGGAUUUCAGUUGUUGCUCCUUCUUCAUAGUUACCUUUUCUGCAUGUGUAGACUGAUUCAGAAAGACACAGUUAUCACUGCAUGACAGUACCAUGUAAGACAUUUGCACAGGUUAUAAAAAAAACUGUGGGUCCUAACUUGUUUUCACUGCUGUCAUAUUUAACCUAAGUUUAAGAUAUAAAUCUAUAAGCAAUACUUAAAUUGCCAGGUUUGAAGUUUUGACUUCAAUCAGCAGAAUGUUAAAUUUUAUUUUGAAAAACAAUCUUAUUUUGUGAAGUCAGAAUUUAACAGUAGGGGUUUACACAGAAAUUAAA